AUGGGUGCCAAAGCCCGGCGCGCCAAAUCGCCGACGACUCGAAGCGGCUCCCCCGGGUCAGGCAAGGCGAAGACCUCCUCCACGAUGAACACAACCGAAGUGAUGCGUCGCAACAUCCCCCAAUCCCAAGACUCCUCCUCCGAAGCCGCCGCCGCCAGCCUCAUGGCCCGCGAAUCCUUCUCCCUCGACAACGACCCGUCGCCGAAAGACCGUGACGGGAGCAGCCAUGGCUUCUUUGAUCUGCCGAGACAAGACAGGAGGAACUUUGGUCUCCUCGUCCUCCUAUACUUCCUCCAGGGCAUCCCCCUCGGCCUGGCCACCGGCUCCGUCCCGUUCCUCCUCAAGAACCACAUGUCCUACGGCGAAAUCGGCAUCUUCAGCUUGGCCUCUUACCCCUAUUCCCUCAAGCUCUUCUGGUCCCCCGUCGUCGACGCAGUCUGGUCCCCCAAGGUCGGCCGCCGCAAGUCAUGGAUCCUCCCCAUCCAGCUCCUCUCAGGCAUCGGCAUGCUCUGGCUCGGCUCUGAAGUCGAAGCCCUCAUGGCAACAACAGGCAAACCCGGCGGCCCAACAGUCUGGGGCUUUACAGGAUGGUGGUUCUUCCUCGUCCUGAUGUGCGCGACUCAAGACAUCGCCGUCGACGGCUGGGCCCUCACCCUCCUUUCCCCAGCCAACAUCUCCUACGCCUCCACCGCCCAAACCGUCGGCCUGACCGCCGGCCAGUUCAUGUCCUACACCGUCUUCCUGGCUUUCAACUCGCCUGACUUUGCCAACCGCUGGAUCCGCCCCAUCCCCCUCGACCACGGAGUCAUGUCUCUCGGAGGCUACCUAACCUUCUGGGGCUGGUCCUACAUCCUCGUCACCCUAGGCCUCUUCCUCUUCAAACGAGAAGAGCGCACGAAGAACGAAGACGGCAUAUUCGACGUCUACUCCUCCAUGUGGAAGAUCCUCAACCUGAAAAACAUUCAGACCAUCAUUGUCGUCCACCUGAUUGCCAAAAUCGGCUUCCAGGCCAACGACGCCGUCACCUCCCUCAAGCUCUUGGACAAGGGGUUCGGCACAAGCAACAUGGCCCUCACCGUCCUCAUCGACUUCCCCUUUGAGAUCGGCCUCGGAUACUACGCAGGGAAGUGGUCCCAGCAGUUCACCCCCAUGCGCCUCUGGUCCUGGGGCUUCGCCGGCCGCCUCGUCGCCGCCCUCGUAGCACAGUUCACCGUCUCGGUGUUUCCCGCCUCUGGCACCGUCACCCCGACUUACCUCCUCAUGGUCAUCCUCCAACACGUCUUUUCCACAUUCACAAACACAAUCAUGUUCGUCGCCGUCUCGGCCUUCCACGCCAAGAUUGCCGACCCGACCAUUGGCGGCACGUACAUGACACUGCUGGCAACGGUCUGCAACCUGGGCGGGACCUUUCCCAGGUUCUUCAUCCUCAGGCUGGUAGAUUACUUCACCAGCGCCACUUGUCUGCCGAAUAACCUGGACAACUUGACCGCUGCCCAGCGGGAGAAAAUUGCCUUGGCGGGCGCGCCCCUGAUCAAGGAGCCGUUCUCGUGUGCUGUUCAGGCGGACAAGGAGACGUGUCUGGCCGGAGGGGGGAUAUGCGAGAUGCAGAGGGAUGGGUACCAUGUUGUCAACAUUUUGUGCGUCGCGAUAGGCGUCGUCACGUUUGUGCUGUACAUCAGACCCAAGGUCUUGCAGCUGCAAGCCCUGCCGUUGAGGGCUUGGAGGUUGGCUUCAGGGUCGCCAGUAAAACACUGA